CUUUGACGGCGAAUAGAGCAUAGCCCGCCGCGUGCUCGAACAACACGUGCAGCAACACCUAGGGAAAGUGAUCGUGCGCAAUCGAGUUAGACGACAGACGUCAACAGGACUAUGCUUGGAGGAGCUUGUUGAGGAGCGGAUGUGAGGGAGGACAGUAAAAAGCUUAGGGAUCAGGAGAGGGCUUGAUAUAAAGGCUGACAGCGACAAGCUGACACUCAGACCACUGGAGCUCUGCUCAUUUUAAAGCACACUUCCUCAAGCAACUAACCAACGCUGACACAGCACGGGACAGAGCAAAUUGAGCAUGCGUGGAGCAGUUGCUGGUUGUGUGGUGCUGGUGUGCCUGAUGGCGCUGCUGGUUCAGAGGACGGAGGGACACAUCACGUUCUUUAGCCCAAAAGAGUUGAUGCUGAUGAAGGAGCGAGAAGGGAGAAAGGACAUGGAGCCUCGAUCAGAGGAUGGCCAGUUUGAAGAAGUCACCGUCCAACAGGUUCCUCAGACAGAACGUGGUGGAAAUCCCGAGAAGACCGUGGAGAUUUCUGUCCGUCUUUCACCAAAACAGCUGGAUCACGUGACUCCAGUGCUCGAAGAGAUCAUCCAUGAAAUAACCCAGGAGCGUCAGAAAGCAAAGUAACAAGGCUGAUAGCAUGAGGGAAUGAACGCUGUAUAAAUUCUUCAAAAAGCACAGAAUGCUUUAAAGUUUGAUUGUGUCUUACUGAAUUAAUCAAUAAAGGGA